GGAUAGGGUGCCAGGGUGCGGCUCGCGUCUGUCCAGCUCAGUCUGCGGUCCCCGCGCUGCAGCGCUGCAGCGCUGCAGCUAAGAACACUUGAUUGGGGGGCCGGAGGACUGCGGCGUGUGUGUGUGUGUGUGUGUGUGUGUGUGUGUGUGUGGUGUGCCAAUAUGUAAAGCGACUGGCGGUUCUGGGCGGGGCCUGGGCCCGAUGCAAAUGAGAAAGGCGGGGUUACCCUGUGGCUCCGCCUCCCUCCCCCGCAGCUGGGGCCAGCGGUGCCAAGCACAGCUGGACCAGCGGCAGCAGCUGGGCGAGUGACAGCCCAGCUCCGCGCGCGCGGCCGCCGCCAGAGCCGGCGCGAAGGGGCAGCGCGGCCCCGCGGUCCCCGGGCGGCAGCAGCGGCCGCCUAGUCCCGCGCCUCUCCCGGCCCGCAGCCCCGCAGUCCCGCCGCCCCGGGGCCGCCACCUCUCGGGGCUCCCCCGGUCCCCGCGCGCGCAAGAUGGCUGACCCGGCUGCGGGGCCGCCGCCGAGCGAGGGCGAGGAGAGCACCGUGCGCUUCGCCCGCAAAGGCGCCCUCCGGCAGAAGAACGUGCACGAGGUGAAGAACCACAAAUUCACCGCCCGCUUCUUCAAGCAGCCCACCUUCUGCAGUCACUGCACCGACUUCAUCUGGGGCUUCGGGAAGCAGGGAUUCCAGUGUCAAGUCUGCUGCUUUGUCGUGCACAAGCGUUGCCAUGAGUUCGUCACGUUCUCCUGCCCUGGUGCGGACAAGGGCCCAGCCUCUGAUGACCCCCGGAGCAAACACAAGUUUAAGAUCCACACCUAUUCCAGCCCCACCUUUUGUGACCACUGUGGAUCACUGCUGUAUGGACUCAUCCACCAGGGGAUGAAAUGUGACACCUGUAUGAUGAAUGUCCACAAGCGCUGCGUGAUGAAUGUCCCCAGCCUCUGUGGCACUGACCACACGGAACGCCGCGGCCGCAUCUACAUCCAGGCUCACAUUGAAAGGGAGGUCCUCAUUGUUGUCGUAAGAGAUGCUAAAAAUCUUGUACCCAUGGACCCCAAUGGCUUGUCAGAUCCCUACGUUAAACUGAAACUGAUUCCUGAUCCCAAAAGUGAGAGUAAGCAGAAGACCAGGACCAUCAAGUGCUCUCUCAACCCCGAGUGGAACGAGACCUUCAGAUUUCAGCUGAAGGAAUCAGACAAGGACAGAAGACUGUCCGUAGAGAUCUGGGAUUGGGACCUGACCAGCAGGAAUGACUUCAUGGGAUCUCUGUCGUUUGGGAUUUCGGAACUGCAGAAGGCUGGGGUGGAUGGCUGGUUCAAGCUACUGAGCCAGGAAGAGGGCGAGUACUUCAAUGUGCCUGUGCCACCGGAGGGAAGCGAGGGCAAUGAGGAGCUGCGGCAGAAGUUUGAGAGAGCCAAGAUCAACCAGGGUACCAAAGCUCCAGAAGAAAAGACAGCCAACACCAUCUCCAAAUUUGACAACAAUGGCAACAGGGACCGGAUGAAACUGACCGAUUUUAACUUCCUGAUGGUGCUGGGGAAAGGCAGCUUUGGCAAGGUCAUGCUCUCGGAGCGGAAAGGUACAGAUGAGCUCUAUGCAGUGAAGAUCCUGAAGAAAGACGUGGUGAUCCAAGAUGACGAUGUGGAGUGCACAAUGGUGGAGAAACGGGUGCUGGCCCUGCCUGGGAAGCCGCCCUUCCUGACUCAGCUCCACUCCUGCUUCCAGACCAUGGACCGCCUGUAUUUUGUGAUGGAGUAUGUGAACGGGGGUGACCUCAUGUACCACAUCCAACAAGUUGGCCGGUUCAAGGAGCCCCACGCAGUAUUUUAUGCUGCAGAGAUCGCCAUCGGUCUGUUCUUCUUACAGAGCAAGGGCAUCAUUUACCGUGACCUAAAACUUGACAACGUGAUGCUGGAUUCGGAGGGGCACAUCAAGAUCGCGGACUUUGGCAUGUGUAAGGAGAACAUCUGGGAUGGGGUGACAACCAAGACUUUCUGCGGCACUCCAGACUACAUUGCCCCAGAGAUCAUCGCUUAUCAGCCCUAUGGAAAGUCUGUGGACUGGUGGGCAUUUGGAGUUCUGCUCUAUGAAAUGCUGGCCGGCCAGGCACCUUUUGAAGGGGAGGAUGAGGAUGAACUGUUCCAGUCCAUCAUGGAGCACAAUGUGGCAUAUCCCAAGUCCAUGUCCAAGGAAGCUGUGGCCAUCUGCAAAGGGCUAAUGACCAAACAUCCAGGCAAACGUCUGGGUUGUGGACCUGAAGGGGAACGAGACAUUAAAGAGCAUGCAUUUUUCCGGUAUAUUGACUGGGAGAAACUCGAACGCAAGGAGAUUCAGCCACCAUAUAAACCAAAAGCUUGUGGGCGAAAUGCUGAAAACUUCGACCGGUUUUUCACCCGCCAUCCACCAGUCCUAACACCUCCUGACCAGGAAGUCAUCAGGAAUAUUGACCAAUCAGAAUUCGAAGGAUUUUCCUUUGUUAACUCUGAAUUUUUAAAACCUGAAGUCAAGAGCUAAGUAGAUCUGUAGAUCUCCGUCCUCCGUUUCUGUCAUUCAAGCUCAACAGCUCUCAUGGUGACAUUUUUUUUUAAAUCAUUGCCAAGUUACAUCUGUGUUUUCUUUUCUAAUGAGGCUAGAGUGGCCAUGUUUCAGAACCCAAAUGUCCUCAAGUAGUUUGGAGCAUCUCGAGGAGAUGGGAUUAUGCAGGUGGCAUGAAGAAAGUGCUGCAUAAUUGAGACACGUUCGAAGUCCCCCUACUGUGUGCACCCCAGCAUGUCGGCUCACAGGCCCACUGGGGAGAGAAAAAGCUUGCUUUCUCUCCCUCCCUCUCUGCACCGCCAUUUUUUUUUACCCCGAUCAUCGAGUCUACAUCCUCCCUACAAAAUGGAUGGAUGAGCUGAAUGCUAACAAUAGCCUUUCAUGUUCCAGACUGGGAGCUUGGCUUGAGUCCAACUGUAUGGCUGCUUUGCCCUAGAGGGAAUCCCUCCACACUGCCUCUUCCGCAGGCAGUAGAGCUUUGGAAAGAACAUGCUAAAAAUAAAUUUUUAUUUUUAUUUUUUUAAACUCAACGUUAAGACGAUUAUCUAAGACCAGAAAGAAAGAAAGAAAGAAAGGAAGGAAGGAAGAAAGAAAGAAAGAAAGAAAGAAAGAAAGAAAGAAAGAAAGAAAGAAAGAAACCAAGCAAACAGGAAUGCGCUUUUAGACAAGUCCAUCUAAAAGCACUUCCAGGGUCAAAGGGCAACCAGCUUGAGUGCUAGCGCCAUGCUGCAGUUUCUAACCCUGUGUGUCUGAAACUGGUACCCUCAUCCCCCAAACUACUCAAGAACGGCAUUUGGCACUGUUCCUGGAACCACAUGGUCACUCUAGCAAGGUCCCAAAGGACCGUGAUUUUACAUUACAUUUCAAACGUUAUUUGCUUUUUUUUUUAUUUCUGUCAUUGUUGAAAUGCAAACAAACAAACAUACAAAAGAAAAAAAAACAAAAAAAAAAAAAAACAAAGUCACUUUGUUACACAUGCUUUAAAAGCCAUGUCCAGAUGUCAUGAACCACAAUGGCCUGCUUUGUUGAACCAAGAAGAUGGGGCCUGGCAGACUUGUGCCUGUGGGGAGGGGGUUUGUUGCGGUGUACCGCUAGUGUUGGAGAACGGAUACUGGGCUCUGAGAAAGACACCAGCUCUCCAAACCACGGUGGUUGCAUUCUUCAGUUUAAUGUCAUUUUGCAAGAUGUUUGUGGAAAUGUUCAUUUGCACUGCAGUAUCUGUUCUGAUAUUUUUCUCCUAGCAUCAAGGUACAAUAAAAAAAAAAAAGACAGAAAAGAAAUCCUAUUUCAAAGGAAACUGUACUAUUUGAACAAUGAGGACCCACACUACAAAGUAGGGCCCAAGAAAGGAACUCAGGAAAAAGGGGGCUGAAACUGCCUCUUACGUAGCCUCAGUGGUCAACAAGCCAGAGAGCAGGGCCUGGAGACCAUUCAGGGAAUGCCUGGUGGCUUAAAAUGGGGUGGAGUAGACAGGCUGGAGCCUCUCCCACACACACACUGUCAGGGUUCAGAGUUCAUAUCUCACCAGUGUCAAGCUGAGCCGCUAGCUAGGAACGUGCCCAGGCCUCUUAAGCUUCUCAUCAAAAUCGCUACUCUUCCAAGUUUGAGCUUCCUUGAGCAAGCAACUCAGUGAGCUCCCAGAAGCCAAGUGGUGGGAGAGACUUCAUUUUCCUCUGGACAGAUGAGGACUGCAGGUGACCCCUCACCCUUGCCUACAGCUCAGCUCCCUGUUCCUCUCUGGCAGUCCUAAAGGGAAUUCUUAUCAUAGGUCCAAAGAUUUCCUGGCCCUCCGGGGAUUCUGAGAAAUCCUACAGAAACUAUCAAGGGAAGAACACCUCCUCCUCUUUAAGAAACUAUGCCUUGGGGUUCUGCUGAGGCGAAGACCCUCAUGGUUCAUUCUUUGCUGGCUUCUUAUGUCACUCUGCUUCAAGCUUGGCACCUGUCCCUCUUAGAUGAUGUGUAGCAAACUUGAUGUCCUAGCUGCCAAUCUUAGGAUGCUAGUGACAGGGAGAGAUCAGGGCAACCCCACUCCUCAUUUUAUUAUUGGGGCAGCUGGAGAAUGGAAGUAUUUUCCUGAAGGUUGGCCAGUGACAAUACAAAUAGCAAGUAUCCUGAUUUCCCAACACCAGGCUCUGUCUGUUCUAUAACAAAGCAAACAUCUCUGAGCCAUAUACCCACUCCCAAGAAAGUUAUGUAGGGUCCUUCAUCUGGUUACAAGUCACAAGGCUUUGGACAUAUGCUCAGAAUAAAAACCACAGUGAAACAUUGGGCAAGUGAGCUGAGACAACCUUAGAAAACAAUGUAGGAAAAAUGGAUAGAUGGAUAUGUAGAUAAGAUGGAUAGAUAGAUAGAUAGAUAGAUAGAUAGAUAGAUAAUAGUAUAUAUGUAAAUAUAUACACUACACUCUACAUUUUCGGAUUCUUGACAUUAUUUUUCAAGGGCCACAGUUUUCAGGAAUAGAUACUCAAGCCAAAGUCUCCCUUCCCUUAGUGUACCUUGCUGAGGGCGGGGUCCCAGAAACUUCUGUGGAAGUAAGGGAUCAUUAAUCAGACUUCCUACUGUUUCCUCUUCUACCAACUUUGUAGAUCAAAAGAAACUAAGAAACAGCUUUCAUCACAUAAGAACUCGAAGGAAAUUUUUGAAAUUUUAUCCAAGAAGAAAUAUUUUCAUUUAUUUUUGCAGUCAUCCACUUAUACCCCCUCCAUCCAUUCAGGUAACACUUACUGAGCACCAACUGCCAGGCUGGGUGCCAGGAUCAUGGUGAGAAAUACUAAACAUGCAGCCCCUCUCCUCCCUCUCCUCCAGCAUGCCAUCUGUGGGAAAGACAGCCAUAAAACAAGUAACAAAAAGCAGGAUGCGGUCUAGAGUCCCCGGGUUUACUAAGAAAAUCCACUAUGGAUGUCUUUGCCACUUCUUAGUCUCUCUACAGACCACAGUUUGAAGCAGAGGGCAUCAUCUCAACCUAGAUUUCUGCAGCAAUCAUGUAGUAGGGAGGGUAGGGAAGGAGAGAGGUGAGAGGGACUCUUCUAGAAGGCCAAAGACACAAUCUCCAUAUUUGAUCAAACUACAGAAAGCUCCCCCAAUGUCAGCAGACAGGUACCAAGUUAUCUCUCCUUGGGAAGAAAGGGAGCUACCUGGCUUUAUGUUUAUUUCUGAAUCUUGAGUGUCACCUCUCAUGGUACAUCAUUCAGAUAGCCACAGACCCUCUUAGAAUACUGCUAAUCACAGCAUGUGACCCUUGACCCUAGCACACCUAAAACAGGCUUAAAUUUUCCACCAAAACAAAAUAAAGCAAGAAACGUAUUUAACUCCUGGGAGAAUUGAAGAAAAAAGAAAAAUGAAAUCGAAGAAAUCUAAUUAAAGUUGUUAACUGUGACCAAUUGUAUGUCUGGAUCCACGAAUCUACCCUUUUAAGGUCUUAGGAUUCUCGCUGACCUCUUCCGAGAAAGGGCAGGAUCGUGAUUAAUGACCCAUGGGAGGCUAUUGGGAUUGAUGCUCUUCCUAGGAGGAGUGUUUCGGUUCUCAUGUGACUCCAGAUGCUACAACGCCAGAAAGAAUUGUCACAACAAAGGGGCCCAUUCCCUCCCAAUAUGCUAGGGUAAAAUCCUGGAGGAUUUUCUGAGACUGCUCAGGAGAUGAAGCCCAUUAAAAGGAAGUCUUAUUUGGAAUACAUAACUUAUUGAAGUAUAGCAAAUAAGAAAAGCCUUCCAAUGUUAGAGUUGGUAGGAGGGGACGUUCUGCCACAUCCUCUCAGAUAAGGAUGGCUAAGUAGGGAGAGACCCCAGAAGAGGAGCUGUCUGUCUUCUGGCCCCAGGUCUGCCCUUCUCCCGCCCACAUAGAGCCUUCCAGCUUCCAGACCUUGCCCGCACUCAUCCUGUACUCCAAGUGCAGUGUCCGUCUAUGUAAGCCUUAGGGCUGGUGGAAGUAACUGCUCUCGUUUUGCUUCAGUGUGAAGAAAGGAAUUAGGGAAAGCAAGGAGGCGCCCCUUUAUCCUACACUUCUUUUAAUGGUUCAGUGAGUGCUGACGAACAGCCUACUGUGUUCUCACUACUGUUCCUGGCAUUGGAAGCACAAUAGCACAGGAACAGACUAGGGUCUUGCCCUCCUGGAAAGCAACAGUGCAAAUUUCCCAAAGCAGUAAAUGCGCAGAAGACAAUGGGAAAGGCGCUGACCUGUGGUUUGUAGAAUCAUGACAGAAAAAAACAGACAGUAUUAAAGAAACAGAAGAUAUCCCAGUUUCUCUCUGGAUCAAAAAGGAACACACUGAGUGCCCAAGCCUAGAACCUUCCACAAAAGGCACAGAGCAAUGUGUGAAUAGGACACAGCAAAUGAUGGCCCGCCGUGUAGAAAACAACUUGAUGAGUAGCCUGUCCCUCUCUGCCUACACUCUUCCAGAAGAUCUGAUGCCAGUUUGUCCCUCUCAAUCCCAUUACCCUACUCUGACAGCCCAGGAGGAAGUAGGGAAUAUCUUGUCUGUGUCAGAGGAGCAUCCAAGAAGUAGUAGUUUUGAGCCUGGCAACAGGAAAUCCUUAUCAACCAGUCUCUCUGUUAGGGGCUAAGCCUACUAAGAUUGAUCAAACUGAGUCAACCAACAAACUCCAGUGUGACACAACCUUGGCUUCAGUCAGGCACCUGUUCCCCAUGCUCGAGGAUCCCAGGCAUUGUGAAAACAGCCCUUAGGCCGUCUCUCCAGCCAGAGCAGCUGUAAUGAGGUAAAAUAUCUGCUACGUGGUCAGACACAAAUCAUGAGCCCACUCCUGCAGUCUUGGGCAAGCCCCUUCACUGACCUGUGCCUCAGUUUUCUUAUACAUCAAACAAGGGGAGGCGAGGACAUCAACGCUGCCUUCUCAAGACAGGUGAGGUGAGAAUGGGAAGGAGUAAUGGACUUACAGGGACCCUGGAGAGGCCAGCACAUCAGAAAGACCCAUUAGUGAGCCCACAUUUACAUUCCCUGGUGGAACCCGCCUCAAACUGGAGCUAGUGGUGCCUAUACACAUGCAGGCAGGGAAGGAAGGAAGGAAGGAAGGAAGGAAGGAAGGAAGGAAGGAAGGAAGGAAGGAAGGAAGGAAGGAAGGAAGGCCAGCUAGAUUACCAGCUAUGAAAGGGGUAGUGUUUCAUUUUCAACCUCACCUUCUUAGACCUUACUUUCAUCUUGGGAUUGUGUUUCUUAUAAAGCACACUACCAAUGUCUUUGAAGAGACUCUCUGGCUCAUGAAAGCUCAAAUCCGACUUUGUUGUCAGCUUUUGAGCAGUCCUCCAAAGCCGAACUCCUACCAAUCUUGUUUUGAGAGCUGAAUCUAAAAUAGGAGUUAAGUAGACCCUAGGAGAUUGGCCUAACUUGGAGCCACAUCUUCUGACACAACUCUGGCUCCAGCUGGGGUGUGGAGACGGCUACCAGUGAGUCUCAGGCAUCAUGAGGAUGAGGUGGACGACGGUGCUUAGCCUCUUGCAGUGAACACUGAUCUGCUUUCCACACCUGAGAGCAGUGUGUUCAAACAGUUCUCAUUUUUCCGACAACGAAGUCAGCUCCUGACCACAGGGGUCGCUACCGAGUUAUUUUCCUCCAGGAUACUCAAAGAGCUAACUAACUCUAUGACGUUAGCUGUUAAAGGAAAUAGUUACCAAUGUAACUCACCUCAAAGGCAAAGCAUAGAACUCCCUUACACACACACACACACACACACCUCUUUAGGGCAGUUCUUUAAAGAAAUCAAUGGAUCUUUUCUUCUCACAGAAAAUUCGCACCAAGUUUUCCACCCCAAGGCUUGCAUAUACAAUGAAGUGAAAACCGGUACACGGAAUGUGUCUGCUAAAAACUGUCAGCACAGGGCUUUCUGACCGCUCCAGAGCUUUUUUAUCAGCCUUCUGGUAACUGGCAUGUCCUGGUCAUGUUUCUUGCUGCUGCUUCGGCUUCUGUGUUAAUGUCUUUGCUUUCCAUUUGGCAGAGAGACAAGCGAGACACCUCCAACUUCGACAAAGAGUUCACCAGGCAGCCUGUGGAACUGACUCCCACUGACAAACUCUUCAUCAUGAACUUGGACCAAAAUGAAUUUGCUGGCUUCUCAUAUACUAAUCCAGAGUUUGUCAUU